CCCGAACGCCUCCGUCGCUGCGACUCUCUCCUCCUGUCCUCGGCCCUAUCCGCGAGUUUGCAUCCAUACGAGCUGAGCGGCUUUCGCUCUCUCGCCAUGGUGAAGUUCGGGAAGAACUUAACGCAGGAGAAGGUACCGCGAUGGUCGGACGGCUACGUCGACUAUGACUCGCUAAAAAAGAUCCUCGGCGAGAUGAUCAACACAGGCAGCAUCCGUGAGUUCAAUGAAGACGUCUUGUACCUCGCGCACUCCGUUGCGACGACCGAUGAGGUGAUUCGUCCUCCGGGCGCGCGCGAGGGCGACUUCAUCGCGCGGAUCGACGCCGAGAUCGAGAAAGUCAACCGGUGGACCGCCAAGAUCCACAUGGAGCUGGAGACGCUGGUCGAGAAGAUCUCCAAGGCGCACAGCAACUGGGUGCAGUCUGGACGCCCAAAGACGGCGCAGGCGGACACGGUGCUCGAGGAGGUUGAAAGCGCCGAGGCAGAGCUGCAGGCAUUCGAGAACUUCAUCAACAUGAACUACCUCGCCUUCUCCAAGAUUCUGAAGAAGCACGACAAGUACUCCACCUGCCCCCUCCGCAUGCCCUACCUCAUGAAGGUCCAGUCCCAGACCUUUGUCCUCGACAAGAUGGGCUCCCUCGUCCGGACCCUCUCCGACCUGCGCGCCUCGCUGCAGGGCGCCGCGGUGAGCGCGGGCAAGGGCGCCUUCGACGCGGCGCAGAAGGGCGGCGCCUCCUUUGUGCGCAAGACGACCAAGUAUUGGGUGCAGACCAAGGACGUGCUCAAGGUGAAGAUGUUCAUCCUCAAGCACCGGCCGGUGUACAAGUUCACGGACGGGCCCUCCGACUCGGACCUGGUCACCUCCAUCUACUACGACAACGACAAGCUCGAGCUCUACCAAGGCCGCCUCAAAAAGUACGACGGCGCCAUCGCCUUCCGCAUCCGCUGGUACGGCCCGGAGGAGAGCUUUAAGACGGCAUUCAUGGAGCGGAAGACCCACCGCGAGGACUGGUACGGCGACGGCGAGGCGUCGGCCAAGGAGCGCUUCCCGCUGCCGCCGGACAAGGUCGUCCCCUUUCUCCAGGGCAAGCUCUCGCCGGCGGAUGUGCGCUCGAUCCUCGCGUCCACUGGCUUCAAGGGCGACCUUGACGAGGCGCAGCAGCUGGCCGCCGAGAUGCAGGCGGCGGUCCUCUCCAAGAAGCUUAGGCCGUCGGUGCGCACGCACUACAUGCGGACGGCCUUCCAGCGGACGGGCGACGCGACUGUGCGCUGCUCGCUCGACACCGAGCUGUGUAUGGCGCUCGAGCCGUGUGGCGACGGCGAGUGGAAGCGGAUGGGGCCGCUCGACAACAGGUCGCAAGUGACGCAGUUCCCGCACGGCGUGCUCGAGGUCAAACUGCAGCUCAUCUCCGGGACGGCGAUGCCCGAGUGGGUCUCCGACUUGCUCAACUCGGGCUGCUUGCGCGAGAUGCCUAAGUUCUCAAAGUUCGUCCACGGAACCGCCAUGCUCAAGCGGGACCAGGUGCGCGAGCUUCCCUACUGGUGGUCGGCGCAGUUCAUGCCUCUUUGGGCCGGCGCCAACUUCGUGGAGCAGCCUACUUCGGUCCCUUUCCGGAUGGUGUCCAAGGACGACAAACUGCGAACGAAAGGGACUGAGGCGCCGCUGGGCACGCUCCCGGUCUCGCAAAAGGGCGGCUUCGGGCGGCUGCUCUACACGAUCUUCACUUGCAAUAGCUCUCGCGAGCCCGCUUACUACUAGGGCCGCCCUCCUUCCGUCGUGCACGGGUCACCGUGUGUGCCUGUGUCUGUGCUCGCUCGACUCGCGCCCCUACAAGUCAUGUGACACUGUCACUCGCUGACACCCCGCGCUUUGCAGCUUGCAGGGCUCACUAGAGUCUAGACACUACUCGACACUGUCACUAACCGCCUCCGUGUCUGGUGUCUCGUGUGAGGUCUGGACAUUUCUCAUCUCCAACGCGAGCAACCUCAUGGAUAGUAUAGAGAGUCCAAAAGAUCGAAUUUCCUCUUGUUAGAUUGCA